AUGUUCGCUUGGCAGAUCUCUUCUAAUUGGAUUCCUACCAAAUGCAACCUCACUAAGCACGGUUUAUUGACAGACGAGGUAUGUCCUAUUUGUGAUUCUCAGUUAGAAACUACCCAUCAUGCCUUAUGGGGUUGCUCUUCCCUUGCUGACUGUCGUAAUCUUAGUGAUAUCUCUUUGGGGGAUCCUCUUGCUGUUUGUCACGAUUUCUAUGAUUUUAUUCAUCAGUUUCUGGACCCUUUGCCAAUUGCUUCCUUAGAGCUGAUUUUGAGAGUAGAUAAGCCUCUUGAUAAUUCUCUCACGUUGGGGAACUCGCCAUCCACGCUCAUGGGCUCUUUUAGGUCGGCAUGGGUGCUGCCUACUAGGGGGAUUGUUAAGAUCAAUGUCGAUGCUGCUCUUGAUGCCCCUAAUGGAAGAUGUGGGUUAGGUAUGGUGGCUCGUGACUCCACCGGUGAUGUUAUAGUUUCUGCUGUUUGGCACAUUAUGGGUACUGUCACUCCUGAAAUAGCGGAAGCUUUAGCUUUAAAAUAUGCUGCCAACCAAUGCCGCUUAUUGGGUUUCCAAUAUGUGUGGUUUGAAUCUGAUUGUUUGAAUGUGGUUUUGAAGUUUAAUAACCAGGUUCCUUUGGCUUCUUCUCUGGGGUUAGUCUUAGCAGAUUUUAGACUCAGUUUUUCACUCUGCUAG